GCGCAGAAAGGAGGAACAUGUCCGCCGUACAGCUGCUUCGGGUGUCGGUACAUGAGCGGAUCAACGCUGCCGCUGAAGACUUUCUGCUGCAGGUGGAGAAAGGAGGAGGAAAGGCUCAAGUCCCGGAGCUGAGAGCGAUGCUCACCGAGCGGCUAAUGGCGGCGGCUGAGGAGAUCCUCGCGGUGCUUGAGGAAACCGUGGCCGAGUACGAGGACCGAGUGGAGCAGUCCGAGCUGGAGAUCUGCCGCCAGAAGAGGCUGCUCGAUGCCGUGAUGCAGCCCGAAGUCCGGCUGCACAGAGCAGACAUCCUGGAACUGGUGGUGAGUAAAGAAGAGGUUCCCCCUGAGCAGCAGCAGUGGAGCUCCCUUGUGGACCAGGAGGACCCAGAGCCCCCCCACAUUAAAGAGGAACUGGAGGAACUGUGGACCAAUCAGAAGGGAGAGCAGCUUCAACAACUGGAGGAGGCUGAUAUGAAGUUCACAUUGACUCCUGUCGCUGUGAAGAGUGAAGAAGAUGAAGAGAAACCUCAGUUUACACAGCUUCAUCAGAGUCAGACUGAGGAGAACAGAGCAGACUGUGGAGGCCCAGAACCAGCCAGGAACUCAGGUCCUGAUGGACAUUUACAACAAGGUCCUGAGGAGAAGACUGAAGACUCUUCUGAGACUGAAGUCAGUGAUGAUGAUUUGAUUCCGACCAGUGAACCUGGGACUGAUAAGAAACCCUUUAGUUGCUCUGAGUGUGGUAAACGAUUUAGUCAUAAGUGCCUCCUUACUGAACAUAGUAGAACUCAUACAGGAGAGAAGCCCUUUAGUUGCUCUGAGUGUGGUAAGAGAUUUAGUCAUAAGGGCGCUCUUACUGUACAUAGUAGAAUUCAUACAGGAGAGAAACCAUUUAGUUGCACUCAGUGUGGUAAAACAUUUGGCCAAAGUAGCUCAUUAACUGUACAUAUGAGAAGUCAUACAGGAGAGAAACCAUUUAGUUGCUCUCAGUGUGGGAAAAGCUUUAUAGGAAACUUUGACUUAAAGAAGCAUAUGACAAUUCAUACAGGAGAGAAACCAUUUUGUUGCAUUGAGUGUGGUAAAAGAUUCAGAAUAAACGGCAAUCUAACUACACACAUGAGAAGUCAUACAGGAGAGAAACCAUUUAGUUGCACCCAGUGUUGUAAGACAUUUAGCCAAAAAGGCAAAUUAACUGUACAUAUGAGAAGUCAUACAGGAGAGAAGCCCUUUAGGUGCACCCAGUGUGGUAAGACAUUUAGCCAAAGUGGCUCUUUAACGCAUCAUAUGAGGAGUCAUACAGGAGAAAAAACAUUUAGCUGCACUCAGUGUGGUCAAAGUUUUUACCGUCAGUCCGAUUUAAACAAACAUAUGAGGAAACAUUAGAGGUGCCAACAAUUCUUGAUUCCUAGAUGCAUCACGAUGCGGAUUGGGCAACUCUUCAUUUUUAUUUAAUGCAGUGACUGAACAUAAUUGAUAUAAGUUUACCCCCACGUUGCAUUGUUUUAACAAUAUCCUGCCUAAGGUUGGGAACCCAAACUAAUUUCCAAAUUAGAUCCAAAUCCAAAAUGCCAUGUACCCUGUACCUGUUACUAGUUAUGUUUAUCGGUUCCCGAACUGCAAGGACGCCUUAUGUAUCUGCCAGGACCUGUCUACGUACUAUGUCACACCACCCAACAGCCUGUCCAUUUGUUCAGACGCAACCUACCAUGCAUGGCCAAGAUGAGCCACGAUAAAGGGUCAGAGGUCAGUUCUCCUAUCUUCUUCUAUCCACCUCACUAUACCACCUGCCUGUUUGACAACCAUGGGACCUAAAGCCUUCAGCCGCUCUGCUCCCCCCUCUGGAACUCCCUACCACCAGACAUUUGAAACAUUGACUCUCUCUCCAUUUUAAAAUGUCAUCUAAAAACUCAGCAUUUUAAACAGGCAUAUUCCGUUUGAUUGUCUUCCAUUUGCAAACUGCAUGCUUUAUUCACUGUUAAUUUUAUGGAUGUUUUUGAUGACUUGUUUUUUGUUGUGUUUUUAUCUCUUCUGUGUAAGGUGACCUCGACUGCUCUAAAAUGAUAGACAAAAAAUGUUGUUUUGUAAAAAUUAGACGAUGUAUUUUAUGUAUUAUGAAUGCAUGUGAGAAAACUUGAUCAUCAAAGAAGAGGAGCAACAUCCCAACCAGCCCAGACCCUCAUCAGUUUGCCUUCAAAACCAACAGAUCCACAGAUGAUGCCAUCUCCACUGCCCUCCACUCAGUUUACACACCUCUGGGCGAAAAUAUCACCUACAUCAGAAUGGAUCCUGGACUUCCUCACAAACAGACCCCCAGGGCUGUGUACUCAGCCCCCUUCUGUUAACACUGUACAGCCAUGAAAAUUCAUGUCAAGAGGUAAUCAAUUUGUCAAGUUGUUUCAAUGAUUAAAUGAAAAAAUCAUGUCAAA